AUUCGACACAAAAUAAAUAGGAUAUUUAUUGUCACAAAUCUGCAACCAGGACUAACACAAUGUCACGUUUGCAAACAAAGUGUACUAUACUAGUAUUUUAAAAUCGCAAUAGCUUCAAAAGAAGCGAUAGUAUCGUUUAAUGACAAGUGGAAGUACGAAUAAAUGUGUAACGAAAGUGCGACUAGCAUACGAUGUGGGCAAGCCUAGCUGUGUAUUGUGGGAGAGACAGAAGCUACAGACCAGAGGCACACAAUAUGUGUUGGCUCUCGCCGAAAAGGAGGCAGUAUUCUUCAAGCUAAAUCAUGUAAUGUAAGCGGCGAAAGGAGAGAGAUUUCGUCUUUUCAUCAAUUAAAGAAAAAACACUCGAUCGGACAAAACAUGUCCAAGCCAGGGGAGAGAAACAGAUUGAACGAAGACCAUGGCAGAAAGCAGAGUUCAAGUUUGGCGAACGGCAUGGACAGUCAUCCCGUCUGCGGCUCGGCGGAGAAGCGGAGUCACCACUGGAGAAGUUACAAGUUGAUCAUCGACCCGGCGCUGAAGAAGGGAUCCCACAAACUGUAUCGCUACGAUGGACAGACUUUCAGUAUGCCCAACCCCGGGAUACCACCAGUGGACAUGGUCCGGGACCCGAGAAUUGGUCGUCUCUGGACUAAGUAUAAAGAAACGGAUCUACCGGUGCCGAAAUUUAAGGUCGAUGAGUGUUACAUCGGCCCAGUGCCUCCAAAGGAGGUGACAUUCGCCCGGCUUAACGACAACAUCAGGGAAGGAUUUCUUACCGACAUGUGCAAAAAAUUUGGAGAAAUCGAGGAAGUGGAGAUCUUGUAUAACCCGAAGAAUAAAAAGCACUUGGGAAUUGCCAAAGUUGUUUUUGAGAGCGUAAAAGCCGCCAAGGUGGCCGUGCAGUCGCUCCACGACACGUCUGUUAUGGGAAACAUCAUCCACGUGGAGCUGGACCCGAAAGGUGAGAAUCGCCUCAGGUACUUCCAGCUCCUCAUGAAUGGCAGCUACACCCCACGGACCCUGCCUGUUGGAGGAGAGGAGGCCAGAGAAGUUUCCCCUCGGAGCCUGGCAGAAGCAUUACUGGCCUGUGAGCCAAUCCGCAGGUUGUCAGAGAGUGGCGUGUCUGCUGUUGGAGGAACAUUGGCCCCCAGCAGCUCCACCACUCCUCUGUCCCUGGAGACAGGCUACUCCAGCCUAAGGCAGGACACACCCCAGUCCCAGGGAACCCCUCAUACCCCACGCCAGGCUGGUACGCCCUUCUCACAAGACUCUAACUUCUCCAGUCGGCAGUCCACGCCUGCAUAUCAGUCAGGCCGGCCUGAGAGCUCCGGAGGUUACAAAUCUCGACGACAUGAGAGUAAGUUCCAGGAUGCUUACAACCGAAGACCUGAGAGGCCUCAGUACCGCAGCAACAUGUACCGAAGUACGACAGCGGCAUCUGAACCUUUCAAACAGCACCAACUCACCCCACCAGAACCUCCACCGUCCACCCCCUCCUUCACCUACACAGCGCCCCCGCCUGCUACACCCAACUUUAAGUCCGCUUUUUCACCCUAUCAGGCUCCUUUGCCACCUGCGUUUCCCCCAACAGAGCCAGCUUUCCAUCACCCCCCUCAAAGGGAGGGUGAGUACCUCCGACCACCUCAGCCGCCACUAGCGGCCCCCACGGACUUUUUACCCGUUAAGGAUAGACCUGAAACUCCUCCCAUCCCAGAACCCCCACCGGAGCCAGUUCCCCAUCCCACUACUCCUCCUCCUCAAACCCCAGAGCGCUGCCCCUCACCCGGCUCCCCUGCACUGGAUCCGGAGCGCAAUAGCCUGGAUUCCCGCAUUGAGAUGCUACUCAAGGAAAAAAGGACAAAACUGCUGCCAUUCCUGGAGGAGCGAGACUCGGACACUGAGGUGAGGAUGGAGGGGAGCCCUAUUUCUUCUUCAUCGUCGCAGCUCUCCCCAAUCCCCCCUUACACGAGCGGCUCCCAAGGCGGCCAGCUAAACUCACGGCCGUCCAGUACAGGUUUAGAGGACAUCAGUCCCACACCGCUGCCAGACUCGGAGGACGAAGAGCCGAUCCCUGGAACAGCCUCCUUGAUCAAGAGAGUCAGCUCUCCUGUGCAGGAGAAGAAGAGCAACAGUGACCUCAAAGAUGGACACUAUAGAGGCCACACACCCACUGAAAAAAUGGAAACGGGUCAUCAGUCAUCAGGAGAGGACAUGGAGAUCUCUGACGACGAGAUGCCCGGGACGCCCAUCACCAGUGGGGACUGCGGCCCGAUGCAGACCAUCCCCAUGCCUCCCCCCGGCUUCCCCCCUCUCCCUCACCAGGCCGGCUUCCCCAUUCCACACCACCACCUGCACUCUGCUGUCCCGGGACACCCUGCUCACCUGACCGCUCAUCCUGGUGUGCCUCACCAUCUGCUGCCACACAUGGGUUAUGCUCCAAGCAUGAUGCCACUGGUGCAGAUGGAGCUGAUGAACUGCCUACGCUGGGAGCAGUGGAGCAGCACCGUCCCCAUGUCCUUCCAGAUGCAGCAGCAGAUGCUGAGUCGCAUCGCGCAGACUCGAGGGCCAUUUCCUUACCCACACUUUUUGGACAAUGCUGCGACGGGGCCAUUCGGGGGGCCUUAUGCACCUCUGUCUAUGGGUGCUACACCUAGUGGAGCAGGAGCGCCUGGUCAGCAGUGGCAGCUUCCCAGUAUACCAAAGUUUAACCCCACUGUUCCUCCUCCAGGAUAUGAAGGUAAGAAGGAGGAUCCCCACAAGGCCACCGUAGACGGAGUGCUGCUGGUCAUCGUCAAAGAACUGAAGGCCAUCAUGAAGAGGGACCUCAACCGCAAGAUGGUGGAGGUGGUGGCUUUCAGAGCCUUCGAUGAAUGGUGGGAUAAGAAGGAGCGCUCAGCUAAGGCGUCUUUGACUCCAGUGAAAGGUUCAGAGGGGAAGGAAGAAGAAAGACCCAAACCCAAAGAGACGAUGGGUUCAAGUCUUCUGGAGAACUGGAACAAAGGGGAAGGGCUGGGCUACGAGGGGAUGGGCCUGGGAAUCGGUUUGAGAGGAGCCAUCCGCUUGCCUUCCUUUAAGGUGAAGAGGAAGGAUCCACCUGAGGCUGCAGCAGCUGGCGACAACAAACGAGCUCGACCAUCCACUCCUGUAGACGAUGAGCUGGAGGAUGAAGAUCGGGAUCGAGAGGCAACUGGACUCCCUUCAGAUGAAUCAAAAAUGGACGCCGACGGUACAUCAGCAAAGCGACGGCACUCGCGGCCUCUUGAACUGGACAGUGAGGGCGAGGAGGAGGUGGACACUUCAGGGAAGGAGGAGGAGUCGUUGUCUGACAGGGAGGUGGAGCCCGAUGAAACGGAGGCUGCUGAUAGGCUGUUGUCUGGCAAAGAGAGUGGCGAUGAGGAUGGUGAUGAUGAAGAUGAGUCGUCCAGUGAGAGCGCUUCUUCAGAUUCCUCUGAUGAUGAAUCUGAAAGCUCAGCCUCAUCCAAGGCCAGCUCGGACUCCUCAGGGGAGAGCGAAGACUCCUCUUCUGAGUACGAGUUAAGCUCAGAGGAGGAGGAGGAGCAGGAAGAGAGGCUUUCACGUGGUGAUGGGGACGACGAUGUCAAAAAGUCUGAGACCUCCUCAUCCUCGUCGUCUUCAACCUCAUCGUCAUCAUCUUCUGAUGAAGAGGAGGAAGAGGUGGAGACCAAGGUAUCUAGCCCUCCUGCAGGACCAGUGCCGGAGAUCAAAGAGGAGCAGAGGAGCACGGAGGAGAUGAGCAGUAAGGCUAAACCAAGACCUCCGAGUCCAAAAGAGGAGGUGAUGGAGGACAGGAAACCACCAUCACCCAAAGGACCCCCAGUAAAAGAGCGAGUCAUCAGCGUGGAUGGUACCAUUCCCAAAGUGAAGUCUGAACCUCAGGUGCAGAUGACAAACCUCCGGCCAUCGACACCCACAGGGGCCCUCCCUGACAGUGACCAGGAGACCAAAGCCAAAGGUAAAGCUGAGCCAGAGGAAGUCCCCUGCACCCCUGGCCGAUUAGCCCCUUCCAACUUAGACACAAACACGCCUGCCUCCAAACCCCCCUCUGCAUCUUUAAUGCACCUUCCUCUCCCUCCUCACCCAGCACUAGAAAGUCGCUCCCUUCUCCACCCACCCCCAGGCCCUCUGCCUGACCUCCCUCAGCGACCCCGCCUCCCCACAGAUGAGGACAUACCCCGCACACCAGGCAGGGACCUCCUGGACCGAGCCCGGAGUCUGGGUAAGUCCCAGAGCACGGACACGGUGCCCAUCACACCCGGCAGUGACGCCCCACUGACAGGCAGCAGCCUCCUGCUUAGCUCCCCUCACAUCCCUGGUAGCCCCUUCUCCUACCCCUCACAGUCCCCCGUCCUUAGUGCUGGAGUCCCACGCACUCCUGGAAGAGACUUAACCUUCACCCCUGUCUUCCCUGACCCUGCAGCACUGACUCUGAAUAGAAAAAUCUCCUCUGAGAGCAUAGAUGAUAGACCUGUUUUUAAGGAACCUCCUGCCAGUGCUCUAACUAACCAGACUCUCUCAGUUGGGACUGAGCACUCAGCCCGCAUCCCUGAAGAUCUACCCUCCAGUCUCACUGUAGAUGUCCCUGUGCCAUCAGAUACCUCCUCAAAGAAGAAACCCGGACGACCCAAAGCCAAGAAGUCCUCUGCUCUCUCUGAGGACUCUUUGGAGCUCUCUUCAGAGUCCACCCUCCUGCCUCAUGAUGAACACCUCAGCGAUCUUUCUGCACAGAUAUCCUCCAAAUCCCCUGAUCAUCCUAGCUUGGACUUCAGGGAAGAAAAGGUAGAACCUCAAACGGUCCUGCCUGCAGAAGACGGCUUCCUAUCCUAUGAAGAUGAGGCCCCUGUGGUGGUUAAGCCUGCGCGGAGGACGCGACGAGGCUGGGAGGAGCUGCUGCUGGGAAGCCUGUCCCCCGUUACCUCGCCGCCCCGGCCGUACUUCUCCCCACGCUCUGAAUUUGAAGAGAUGACCAUCUUGUAUGACAUCUGGAACGAGGGUAUCGACGAGGAGGACGUAAGGCUUUUGCAGAUCACUUACAACAAGAUGCUGCAGCAGGAUAACGGCAAUGACUGGCUCAACGACACACUCUGGGUCAACCAUCCUGCUACCAACAUCCCUGGAGUAAAGAAGAAGAGAAGAGAUGAUGGCAUGAGAGAUCACAUGACAGGCUGUGCGAGAAGUGAGGGAUACUACAAGAUCGACAAGAAGGACAAGAUCAAGUACCUCCAGAGCACAAGGCUGCAGUCAGAGGAGCCACCAGUGGAUACUCAGGGUAUGAGUAUUCCUGCACAGGUACACGCCUCCACCAGAGCCGGCUCAGAGCGACGGUCGGAGCAGCGGCGUUUGCUAUCUUCCUUCGCUUGUGACAGCGACCUGCUGAAGUUUAACCAGCUGAAGUUCCGAAAGAAAAAGAUCAGAUUCUGCAAGUCGCACAUCCACGACUGGGGUCUGUUUGCCAUGGAGCCCAUCGCUGCUGAUGAAAUGGUGAUUGAGUACGUGGGACAGAAUAUCAGACAGGUGAUUGCGGACAUGCGGGAGAAGCGUUACGAGGAAGAAGGCAUUGGCAGUAGCUACAUGUUCCGCGUUGACCAUGACACCAUCAUAGAUGCUACCAAGUGUGGCAACUUUGCCCGUUUUAUCAACCACAGCUGCAAUCCUAACUGUUAUGCGAAGGUGAUCACAGUUGAGUCUCAAAAGAAGAUCGUGAUCUACUCCAGACAGCCGAUUAAUGUCAACGAGGAGAUCACGUAUGACUACAAGUUCCCCAUCGAGGACGAGAAGAUCCCCUGUCUGUGCGGGGCUGAGAACUGCAGGGGGACGCUCAAUUAAUGUGAAGCCGGUCCUCGAACUAAAGUGAAGUUUCAAAGAGGAGACCCCCGACGAUGAGGAAGUGAAGAGGAAUUUCCUUGCUUCCUGUGAGGUGCUCUUCGCUUAUUAAAAUCUAGAUUGUUUACGAUUAAUGGUGCUCUUGAAAACGCAUAGUUUUUUACCUCUGCCAGUGACCCAGAAUUUACUAAAACACUUGACUUGCUGAUGCAGCAUUUCCCCCCCUCCCUCCUGUUGACACAGGACAGUAUUUCAGCAUGGUUUCUUCCACAUCAAGUCCUGCUUUGUACAGUUUUUUACACUUUCCCCCUCUCAGUUGUCUCAUAAGCUUUACCUACACAACACAAGGUACAAAACAAAACACAAACUCACAUGUUCAGCUGCUUUUUAACACUGUUGAGACGCACAAACCCACCUUCUCUGCGGAGGAAGACCCUGAUUUAUUGCUCAGUUUUCCUUUACAUGGAAACAAAUCACUGAUGGAAGUAAGAAAAGUCAAGAAAAAAAGGUGUAAUCCUGCCACAAAAUCUGGAAAAUCUGGAUAUCACACUGCUUUCACCAGCUAAUUAUGGAUCUGCUGCUUCCUGAUUGUUAUGCAAGAAAAUGUUGAAAAUGAAAGUGCAAAAUUUGUAUUAUUGAUAUUCCAGUGUUUCCUAGUUUUUGUUUGGGUAGUAAUUUUCUUGCUUGUUUCCUCAAAGACACUAUAUUUAUGUGUUUGUGUGUGUGAAUGAUUGAGUUUAUAUCUGUGAAUGUGAGUGCACUGCCCCCUGUAGGCUGCUGAGAGAAAUUCCAACUAAUAUUGCAGAGAGGAGAUGGAAAAUUGUAUCAAUACCUGUCGCCAUCCACAGGCAGCAUCCAGAGUUUAGAAACUAAACAUAAUGUCUCAUUUUAAGUGCCAUAUGACUGUGUAAUUGUUUAAGCUAAAGCAGCAGGUAACCAAUUUUGAAUCAUGUGAAACAAUGGCUGCCCAUUUCCUCCAGCGCCGUGGAUGCUCGAUGAUCUCUCUCUGGAUUCCUCUUCAUCUGCAUCUCUUUACUUUGACAGUGUUUGAGGAUGGGUUUCUCUGAUCAGCUAGAAGGUCUUUCCUUUUUAGCUUAUUAAGAUAAAAAAUCAAUGCACUCGAGGCUUGCACUUCUGCUUUAUGCCCUCUCUUAGCCAAUCAUCUGCCCCCGUCAAGACCAAGUCAGCUUUUUCAUUCACAGUUUGAUUACGAUUUCCAUCAUGGAUGUUUAUAUUGUAUAUGAUUACUUGUACAGAAGAUCUAAAGCUUUUUUUUUAUCUUCACAGGGGUAACACUUUUAAGAUGCAUCUCUCUCUUUCUCUAUAUUUCUCUUUUUUUAACAAAAGACUGAGUAUUUAACAAUAUUUUCAGGGAUCUGUAAAAGGAAUCUGAGGAUUUAAAAAGGUUGUUUAUUUAAAGAAAAAAGGUCCACUGUGUACAGGAAAGUCUCCACCUCCCUUUUUGGAAAGAUUGUUUCUUGUAGAAACGUCUUCAUUUUCUGCCCAUUUGCUUUGUAAUCCUAGAAUCUGUAAAUACUGUAACUGUGAAUACUAUAUAAAUAUAUAAAUAUAUAUUUUUGUUCCCUGGGGUUUGCUACACAAACUCAGCUCAGAGAUCUAUGUAAUAUAUGAGAAAGGCGAUGAGCUGGUAGCAGGAAAUUCAGCUUGUGUCAAGCUUUGUUUUUUUUUUAUUAUUAUUAUUAUUUUCUGUUGUAAAUUCUAUGAAAAGUUGUUUGCGGUGUGGAGAAAAAAAGGUGCAGAAUUGGCAUGGGAAGAGGACUGAAGCAUCAGCCUGUUUCUUAUGUCUAUUUAUUACACGACAAAUGUAUGGAAAAGGAAAAAAUGGAAAUAAAGCAAUUUUGCAUACAUCCAUAAA